AUGGGGGAUGAUUCCUUCGAAUGUUUGUCAAGUGGUUCUGGAGAUUCCUGGGACAUACUUAGCAAUUCAGGUUCUGAAAAAGAACGUGAUGUUGCAGUUCUUGAAAAGUCAGAUGUAAAAUGCAAUCCCAACAUUUGUGCUAGUUGUGGUGAUGUGUUAUCAGAUGAAUUUCUGCAGUGUUUGUUGUGCAAAAACUGUUACAUCUGUAUGAAGUGUAAAGCCAAGGCUCUCCAUUCUCUGAAAUGUUCAGAAGUAGAAGAACAUUCAUUCAUCUCAACACACAGGACGGUUGAUAAUGUGUCCCAUUCAGAGAAUUGUGAAUCAGAUGUUCUAAGUUUACCAGAAACUGAGCAUGCUUCAUCAUCAUCAGUCCAUGAACAUUUUACUGAUAUUGAUAAUUGGGUGAAAAGCAGUUCCAAUACAGAUUCAUUUACUUCAUCAGAUUUUAAUUCUAUUAAAAAUGAUAUGGAAGUUGACGAUAUGUUGUCAACCAAUUCAACGAAUGACUAUCGUCAAUCUUCACAUGAAAAGUCUACAAAUCAACUAGCACAAGGUGAUAAUUCUAUUCUAAACGCUUUACUACAAUUUUUACAAAAAUCUAAUAAUGGACCACUUUUACCAACAACAGAAUCAAGUUUAUUUGAAUCAAAAAUGUCGACAGUGACUAGCAUAGAGCCUUCACUUCCAAAGGCAUCAUUUCAGCCACAUCAUACAGCAGCAGCAGCAGCUGUUCACAAUCAAAGUCUUUCUUCACGUUCUUCAUCAUCUUCAUUGUCUGAGGCGAAUAAUAUUACUACUAACAAUGAAUGUCUUUCACGACAUGGUUCACCACCUCCAUUCACAACACCAGGAACAUCCCCAUUCAGUGGUGGGAUAACAGCAGCAACUGGACUAUUUUCAACUGGUGGUAUAUUGAAAAAAGAAUCAUUUUCCGGUUCGUCUGUCGGAAGUAAUAGUCCAAAUCGUUCAAGUCCAACAUUCGACUUUUCACCACAAUCAUCGUCAUCACCAUCAGUUAGUUCAUUGUCAUCUUCUCCACUAGGCGCUGCUACACAAUUUUUAAAAUCAGUUGUUAAGUAUUCUGCUGCUGCACUGAACAACUUCGAUCUAUUGUCACUGGAUCAUACAGACGAAAUGCCUAUCGAUAAUUGGUCAAAAUCUUCUGUCACAUCAUCAACAGCAAAUAAACAAGGAAGAAGUAACAACAAACCCGCUUCACGAACAUCAUCUCCGACAUCUUUUGGCAUAUUCAGCAAAGUUGUCAACAACAACAACAAUAGCAAUAAUAAUAAUGAUACUACUACUACUAGUAAUAAUAAUAGUAGUAACAUUGGCAAUAGUCUUAAAGGAAUGCCUGUUAAAGCUGCUCUAUGGGAUAGUGAACAUUUACGUGAAAUAGUAGCCCCAAAGCCGAUCCCACCAUCAUCGAUAGCUGAAAUUACAGCUUAUAAUUUACGCUGA